CGCGUGACUAGCAGCGGGUCACGUGACGCGCUGCCCGGCGGCGCUUCCCAAGAUGGCGGUGUGCGUCGCGGUGAUCGCCAAAGAGAAUUACCCUCUCUACAUCCGCAGCGCUCCCACGGAGAACGAGCUCAAGUUCCACUACAUGGUGCACACGUCCCUGGAUGUGGUGGACGAGAAGAUCUCUGCAAUGGGGAAGGCGCUGGUGGACCAGAGGGAGCUCUACCUGGGCCUGCUCUACCCUACAGAGGACUAUAAGGUAUACGGCUACGUGACCAACUCCAAGGUGAAGUUCGUCAUGGUGGUGGACUCCUCCAACACCGCCCUUCGAGACAACGAAAUCCGCAGCAUGUUCCGGAAGCUGCAUAACUCCUACACAGAUGUGAUGUGCAACCCGUUCUAUAACCCUGGCGACCGCAUCCAGUCCAGGGCCUUUGAUAACAUGGUGACGUCUAUGAUGAUACAAGUCUGUUGAGCAGGAGCUGUGCCGCCAGCCGUCCCCGCGGAGCAUCUGCGCGUAGCUGUGUGGAGGACAUGUCUGUCUGUUCCCAUUGUCUCUUCCCGAACGUGACCCCCGCUGCUUGAGGGCAAGAGCUCGUGCCUGGUACAUCUCAACUAAAGCUUUUGUGAGAUGAAA